AUGCUUUCAGUAUUGGCAAUCAUUGGGCUUCUAGCCCUUGUGGGCUUUUUAUGGCUUCUGUCUACGGUUAUCAUCCAGGUCCUUUACAAUCUUUUCUUCCAUCCGCUGUCUAGAUAUCCAGGCCCACGAUUAGCAGCCAUUACCCCUUUAGUCCAUGUCUACUAUUUUGUAGCUGGCGACGCAGUGUUAUGGCUUGACAGACUCCAUCGCAAAUAUGGCGAAGUUGUUCGUGUCGAACCAGACCGCUUGAGUUAUAUUGCCCCUCAGGCAUGGAAGGACAUAUAUGGGCAUGCGACAGCGACUCGCAAAGCUAAUUCAAAAGAGAACAAGAAUAGCAAAAACCUCUUUUCGAACGACAGCUACUCCAUCUCAUCUGCUCAUGGUCCAGAGCACCAAAGGCUGCGAAAAAUAUUUAGCAAUGCAUUCAGCGAUCGUGCCAUCACCAAGCAGGAGCCUAUGCUCACACUUUAUGCCAGGCAAAUGGUCAAUCUCGUCCACAGGAAGAUAGCCGAUGCUGGAUCUUCUGAUGACAGUGUCGUUCUUGAUGCUGUGUCGCUGUUCAACUUUGCCACCUUUGAUAUCAUGGCGGACCUAGCAUUUGGCGAGUCGCUAGGGUGUCUUGAGAAUGGCGGGUCCAAUUCUUGGGUUGACGCGGUGCAGGUGAACUUCAAAUCUAUGAUCAUUAAGUCGAAACUCCGUCAACACCCUGUUCUCUCAUAUGUCUGGAAUACAUUUCAGCCAAAAGCAGACAAAAAGGCUGCCGCCAUUCAUGUUCAAGAAUCCCACGAUCGUGUUACCAAGAGGCUGGAAAAGGGACCAAACGCGAGAGAUGACAUCUGGGGACUUGUUCUUAGAGCCGAAGGGCCUAACGCGCUGACGCGCACGGAAAUGAACAAUAACGCCAACAACUUCAUGAUAGUGGGCACAGAGACGUCAGCAACGGCUCUAAGCGCGCUCACAUAUCUCCUGCUACGGAACCCAGAUAAGCUUCAACGUCUAUUAAAAGAAGUUAGAUCGGUUGGAGGUAGGAGACAAAUCAACAACGAGACUGUGAGAGGAAUGCCAUACCUUCAGGCUUGCCUCUCUGAAUGCCUAAGAUUACACCCACCCGUCCCGACCGGAGGAUUGCGAGUAAUUGGCCAAGGGGGCAACACGGUUUUGGGCCAUCACCUCCCUGAAGAUACCAAAAUGUCAAUUGCGACUUGGACUGCCUUUCGUAUUCCCAUGUUUUGGAAAAACGGCGACAUGUUUGUUCCUGAACGAUGGAUCCCGGGAGAGCCUGGCUACGAAGAAUAUCACGCGCACGACAGACAUGGUGUUUUUCAGGCUUUUGGAACUGGCCCUCGCGCAUGCAUCGGCAAGAAUCUUGCACAUCAGGAAAUGCGACUUCUCUACGCCAACUUUUUAUCGAACUUUGACAUAGAGUUAUGUCCAGAAAGUCAUAGGUGGAUGGAAGAUCAGAAGUGUUGGACUCUUUGGUUCAAAGAACGCUUGCCAAUUAAAGUAUCGUCCAGAAUGUCAGACGAUGCCAGCUAA